GGCCGGGUGAGAGGGGGCGGGGUCCAACGGGCGAAGCCGUUUCCAUGGUGACAAGCCCGGACUGAAUCAUGUCGGAUCUCGGCUCGGAAGAGAUCGAAGAGGAGGCUGAGAAUGAUUUGGGGGAAUAUGAAGGAGAACGCAAUGAAGCCGGUGAACGGCAUGGGCAGGGAAAGGCCAGAUUACCCAAUGGUGAUACCUAUGAAGGACAAUAUGCAAAUGGUAGAAGAAGUGGACAGGGAUUGUACAGAUUCAAGAAUGGCGCACGCUACAUAGGAGAAUAUUUUGAGAAUAAAAAACAUGGCAAAGGAAUCUUUUAUUAUCCAGAUGGAUCCCGAUAUGAUGGAGAAUGGGUGGAGGACCAAAGACAUGGAAAUGGCAUUUACUACUAUGUAAAUGGAGACACAUACGAUGGAGAGUGGUUCAAUCACUACAGGCAUGGGCAAGGUACAUAUCUGUAUGCAUUAACUGGCUCUAAAUAUGUUGGCACCUGGGCAAAUGGACAACAAGAAGGAGCUGCUGAACUUAUUCACCUAAACCAUAGAUACCAGGGGAAGUUUGUGAAUAAAAAUCCAUUGGGUGCUGGGAAGUAUAUAUUUGAUAUUGGAUGUGAACAACAUGGCGAAUACAUCCACGAGGAAAAACCAGAGGAAGAAGAGGAAGAAGAAGUUAUGGCUCCAUCUAUUCCAAAAUGGAAAGCAUCAAAAAUUACUGCCCUAACACUCUGGGCACCUGAAGAACCACCUCCCCCUCCUCCAGCAGUAGAGGUUGCAAUAGUUGAAGAACCAACACCUCCAGCUGAUGACACUGCAACUGAAGUUCCUUCUGAAACUACUGAGCAACCUGCAGAGGCAACAGAGCCCACCGAAGAGACAUCUCCUCCUAAAGAGGCUGAGGAGGAAGAUGAGACAGCUAAAGAAGAGCAAGCUGCAGUCAUAGCAGAAGAAAAAGAGGAGGAACUUGAGGCCCAGGACUAAAGGAAAGAAGUGACAAAUGUUGCAUACAAAGAAAUGAAGCUCAAUCCAGUCAAGGUUAAGUCCUGUUAGUUUUAAUUGAGGUAUACUCACAUGCUCAACUCUCCCAUUGAAACCAGUGGGACUUAAAAGUAGUUGAUUUUGAUGGGAUUGUGCCCAUACUCCUUUGGCAGUGCACUUAUUAUCUGAACUGCUUCUUUCAUAUUUCAAGGGGCAGCAAUAGUCUCACUGCUGUGUCAAGGGGCAAAAGUCUGCCCUUCCUUCAGCACUCACUUGUGCUCCUCCUCUUCUAUCCUGUCUCCCUGCCAUCAAAUAGGUGGUGGUGGUGCAGAAAUGUUCUUUUUAAAUUGAAAUGUCUUUGAAUAAAAUAUAAGUUUGGUUGUUCUUGAA